GCAGGUAUAGGUCCAUUCUCAAAUGUACAAGGAAUAGCGCAGGAGUGAUCAAUAGGGAGUUAGAGGUUGAUUACCGGUACUUCGCAGCAUGAGUCGUCGAGACGUCCUCAGUCUUUUCAUCUCCCUUACAACCCGCCCUCACAGCCGCUGCCCUUUCCGACUUCAGAAUUUGUCUCGCAGAGCCUCAACCUCGAAUUCGCCUCCGACAGAGAAAGCCCGGGUCGAUAUCAAGAAGCCUACAAUUCCCCUCCAUGUCGGUCUGGACCGAAACCCCGAAAAUCUCUCUGCCAUCUCGAGGAUUCCAAUCCCACGAGGAGUGACCGGCGAGAAAUUCACCCCCUCGGUCCUUGCCCGCCCGCUCGGUCUCGAACAUCCCCCACGACCCGGUCAAAAUAGUCCUGUUGACAAUCGCACCCUCCGUGAAAGACACGAAGAAUUCACAAGCUAUGAGAAGGCUCUCGAGCGCCGGCGGGUUUACUUGCGGACGUUCUUCCGACCAUAUUUCCAAGAAUGGCGGCGAGUUGAUCAUUUUAAGGGAAAGAGUUUUGUCUCGAAUCCUCGUCUAUUCAAACGCGAAAGGGCUCUUUAUUUUCCCAAUAUCUGGGGCCGAACUCUAGCCGCCGAUGGUGAUGGGCCCCAAGGUGGACGAGACACCACUCCGGUGCUCAUGGGCAAGAUCUCUGUCAUAGCGAUGCAGUCUGGUCAUUGGGCGGAAGAACAAGUUGACACCUUCGUCAGCGCCAAAAAUAAUCCGGAACUGAGCAAAAUGAUCGAGGAAAGCAAUGGCCGCUUGCAGCGGGUGGAUAUCAAUCUCCAAGGCGACUGGGUCCGUGCUCUGCUCGUGAAGAUGUUCAGCGGACGUCUGAGAAAGACCAUACCAGAGGAGCGGUGGAACAAGUACUUUAUGAUCAAGUUGCCUCGCGAUAUUCGUCGCGGACUCAAUGAUGAGGUGCGCGACGCGAUUGGUCUACUCAAUUCUCAGGUCGGCUAUGUAUAUCUCGUGGACUCCAGCUGCAAAAUUCGGUGGGCAGGGAGUGGUCAUGCAUGGGAAGGUGAGGUGGAAAAUCUGAAUGCAGCAGUUCGGAGACUGCUUCAAGAAGAACAAAAUCUGGGACAAACAUCCUCCCAAACCAUUUCAACUCGCCCAAGGUCCGCUACUCCACAAUCAAAAGUACCAACGCCCGAGAUCGACAGGUCGAAAGCUACCAUGAACAAGGGCAAUGCGAUAUCCGCAACUAUCACAACAUGAUUCCAACACCAAAAGCGACCGCCAAAGGAAAAGCUGCCUGAUGCUAUCACCAACAUUUACCCAAGACACGCGUUAUUGCUCACAAUUUUCAGGCCUCGUCCUAGAUCGCAUGCGGGAGAAUCAGCAAUUGCAUCUUGCCGUGGAACGCCCGCCUUUUGUAUAACCCUUGUACAGAGGCUCACAGGAGUGAAACUUACCCACACUUCGGACACGGCUGAUCUGCCUCCGCCCCGUCGAGGAUCUCAUGCUGAACUUUGCAUUUCUUCAGAUCCAUCAGUUUGACACCGCCAGCGCCCAGAGGGAAUUUCUUGGGGCUUGAGGCUUUGUCGCACAAUGAGUGAACAUAAUACGGUGCUGGUCUGGCUGUGCCGGGACAGCAGCUAAAGUGGUAGGUGUAGUAUAUGCACAUGUCAUCCGAUGGCCGUCCGGAAAUGGAGUUUUGGGGAGAGUGAUAUGGGUGAUGGCUAAAGAUAUGUUCGGUACUUUUUGCGGGGCGAAGAGUGUGAGAAGAUUGGAAGAAUGGCGAAAGGUCGAUUGCCAGAGUGAGCUUGUCAGGCAGAUUCCGGUGAGCGCUGACAAGGACUGUGGCAACUAUGGUCCAGUGCCUUCGAUAUCUGCUUGCAACAGAUGGUUUUGCUCAGUGUUGUCGUUGGGGGUCUGAAAAAACUGGGGAGAUUGAUAUUCCAUAUCCUUGAAGGCGAUAGUUUGCUGUCGCCGUUCGGACAGGCCUCUCGCUUUGACUCUGUCUCACAGGUUUUGGCGUAUGCCCAUGCCCAUGCCCGUUGUUCUUCGGAGACAGCAACACGAAUCCAAAUGCAGAAUUCCGGUGGCGGGUCCUGGCACAGACGUUUGCGGCCACAAACACAACCGUUCUGGUGUCGUUCCUUCUUGUUCUGUUCCCUUUGUUAUGACGCUGGCGGUGGACCCGGCACAGGCUACUCAAUGGAGAAGGUCUGUGCAAUUCCGCCUGGAGUAUCCUAACAAAGAGGCGGACAGACAGAGAAAUCAAUAUACCGUGAUAUCAAGGUGUCGGCGCAAAGUCGCAAAGUCGAGACAAGCAGGAUAUGGUGGGGAUUGGGAUGCUUUGCGGCCAGGCGAACAAGGAGUGUUCUAGUCUUGCAGGAUUGGCAGGAUAGUCGUUUAUUUCCAGGGCCAAGAUGGGUGGGGAGGGAAUAGAAAAGGUAUGAAUAGAUUGACGAGGGCCAGGGAAGGGAUAUUCUGAGAGAGAUGGUAGAAAGUCGCCCGUCCGACUCGGGGAAGGUGGAUGAAUUUUUGUUGUAGAGAGGUAGCCAAUCGCCAAAUCUAGUCCACUCCUACAAGGGUCAAUGACGGGUUUGGCGACAACAGAAGGGAAAAGAAAAGGGAAGGGGAAGGGCACAGAUCCAAAAGGCAAAGAGAUUGAGAGAGAAAAGAAAAAAAAACUGCCCUUAGAGGAGCGUAG